AUAAAAUAAAACACUUGUAGUUUGUACACGUCGAAAUGUCGUCAAAAUCUCGAAGUUCAAUUUGGACCUUUUUUGAAAAAACAUCUGAUUUGGGAGUUGUUAAAUGCAAACUGUGUGAGGCUCCUGUCAGACCAUGUGGUAACACAACCAAUAUUCGCAACCACAUGAAGCGAAAUCAUGCUUCUAUUGAUAUAAGCAAGGUUUUUGUCAGUAAGACGAAGGUUCGUCGAACAUCUGUUUCUUCAACUCAAUCAGUGGCAUCAACUAGUUCGAGGAAUUCAAUGAUGUCAACUGCAUCGUCUUCAUCUACAAGUUACUCUCGACCACAACAUGAAGAUGUUGACGAUCCUGAUGAUCCUGGUGACAAUGAUUUUGCUGAGUUAGCUAAGACCAUUGUAAAUAAGGCUCAACAGACACAAGGCAGACUUAAUUUUUUUGCAACAUCAUCGACUUCUUCUUCUUCGGGUAUUGUAGACAACAAUUCCGUGGUAUCAUUUAGUAGUGGAUCUAUACCAACAACAUUGUCAUCAACAUCAAGUUCUCCACAGUCAGUGAGCUUAAGGCAGAGAACUAUGCACGAGUCUUUUUCGGACAUCAAAUCUUAUGAUAAAGGAGGAUAUAAGACACGAGCUAUCACGGAUGCGCUGGUGUACAUGGUAGCAAAAGAUAAUCUGCCGUUAUCUAUAACAGAAAAACCAGGAUUCCUGUUCUUCAUGCAGAAGACAGUGCCUAUGUACAAAGUUCCAUCCAGGCAAACUAUAACAAAGCUCAUCAAAAGUAAAUAUGAGGUUUUAUCCGCAUUAGUUAAAUCUAAGCUGAGUCUUGUAGAGCAUUUAACCUUAACGUCGGAUAUUUUGACAGACAUUCUUAAUACAAGAAGUUUUUUGGGUAUGACGGUACAUUUUUUAAGUUUAAACAAAGUUGCUCUUGAGAGUGUGACACUUGGUGUGUUAGAGUUUUCUGCCAGCCAUACAUCUGACAAUAUAUCCGCUUGGUUUGAGCACCUUUUUCUUCAGUGGGGUAUAACAAAAAGCCAGAUUUUCACCGUCGUCACCGAUAAUGGGUCUAAUAUAUUAUCUGCUGUUAACAAAACUUUUGGCCAAGAAAAACAUUUGCCAUGUUUUGCCCACACUCUGAAUUUGGUAUCCGAAAGGGCAUUGGUUAAUCUUGCAGAUGUACAUAAUAUCAUCAACAAAAUUAAGGCUAUUGUAACUUAUUUCAAGCAAUCUGUAGCGGCUUCUGACGAACUUCGAAAAUUGUGCGAUCAUAAACUAAAACAAUCUGUACCAACACGUUGGAACUCCAUUUAUUUUAUGAUAGAUAGAUUUAUUUUAUGUUCCAACCAUAUUGCUUCAGUAUUAAUCAAUAUUCGCCGGGGCCCCGAAAUGUUGACAGCUGAUGAAAUUGAUGUAGCAAAGGAAAUGUUGUUAGUGUUAAGGCCGAUGGAAGUGGCGACAAGAGAAUUAUGUGGUCAAAAAUAUGUAACUGGCAGCACAGUUAUACCAUUAAUUAAUUGUCUUAUUAAAAAGACUGAUAGUAUUGAUCUAACCCAUCCAACUGCUUUAUUCUUAAAAAAGGCAAUGUUAGAAAAUUUAGAUAAAAUGUUUGGUAGGAUGGAGGAGAGAAGUCUCCUUAGUGUUGCCACUAUAUUAGAUCCCCGGUUCAAAACUAUUCAUUUGUAUAACCCAAUAUCUAGCUCAAGAGCUAUUAAAUUUAUUAAAAAUAAAAUUAAUGAAAUAAAAAGUAAUUGUGAAGAACCUAACUCCUCAAACCAAGGCUCUAGUGAUGAUGAUGGUGAACGCAGUGAUAGUUUGUGGUCAGUUCACAAUGAUCUAGUUUCAAAAAAAGCUGCAUCACAAAGUUCAGAACAGUCUGAAGAGCGAAUGCCAACUGAACUUAAGCAUUAUAUAAGCCAGCCCACAAUACUGUUAGGUGAUGACAUACUUAAAUAUUGGGAUAUAAAUGGCUAUGUGUUCCCUCUCUUAAAAAAAAUUGUACAACCAUAUUUGUCUUUAGUAGCAACUUCUGUCCCUUCGGAAAGAUUGUUUUCAAAAGCGGGAAAUAUAAUGACCGAAAAAAGAAACCGUUUAAAGGGGGAAAAGUUGCAACAGCUUUUAUUUCUAAGUUCUCUAAAUUUUGAAGACUGGCACAUAGAAUAAAAAAAGUUGUUUUUAUUGUGGGAUGUAAUUAUUUGUAAAUAUGUAUAGUGUAAUGUAUCUGUACAG